AUGGCAGUGUGGUACGGGACUGGCAGCGUUAAGGGAGGGGAAUGGAAGCCGGAUGGGAGGGGAAUGGAAGCCGGAAGGGAGGGGAAUGGAAGCGUGAGGGUUAGGGAAAGGAAGCCAGAGGGAAAGGGAAUGGACGCAUGUGGGGAAGGGAAUGGCUGUGUGCGGAGAAGGGAAUGGCUGUGUGCGGAGAAGGGAAUGGCUGUGUGCGGAGAAGGGAAUGGCUGUGUGCGGAGAAGGGAAUGGCUGUGUGCGGAGAAGGGAAUGGCUGUGUGCGGAGAAGGGAAUGGCUGUGUGCGGAGAAGGGAAUGGCUGUGUGCGGAGAAGGGAAUGGCUGUGUGCGGAGAAGGGAAUGGCUGUGUGCGGAGAAGGGAAUGGCUGUGUGCGGAGAAGGGAAUGGCUGUGUGCGGAGAAGGGAAUGGCUGUGUGCGGAGAAGGGAAUGGCUGUGUGCGGAGAAGGGAAUGGCUGUGUGCGGAGAAGGGAAUGGCUGUGUGCGGAGAAGGGAAUGGCUGUGUGCGGAGAAGGGAAUGGCUGUGUGCGGAGAAGGGAAUGGCUGUGUGCGGAGAAGGGAAUGGCUGUGUGCGGAGAAGGGAAUGGCUGUGUGCGGAGAAGGGAAUGGCUGUGUGCGGAGAAGGGAAUGGCUGUGUGCGGAGAAGGGAAUGGCUGUGUGUGGAGAAGGGAAUGGCUGUGUGCGGAGAAGGGAAUGGCUGUGUGCGGAGAAGGGAAUGGCUGUGUGCGGAGAAGGGAAUGGCUGUGUGCGGAGAAGGGAAUGGCUGUGUGCGGAGAAGGGAAUGGCUGUGUGCGGAGAAGGGAAUGGCUGUGUGCGGAGAAGGGAAUGGCUGUGUGCGGAGAAGGGAAUGGCUGUGUGCGGAGAAGGGAAUGGCUGUGUGCGGAGAAGGGAAUGGCUGUGUGUGGAGAAGGGAAUGGCUGUGUGCGGAGAAGGGAAUGGCUGUGUGCGGAGAAGGGAAUGGCUGUGUGCGGAGAAGGGAAUGGCUGUGUGCGGAGAAGGGAAUGGCUGUGUGCGGAGAAGGGAAUGGCUGUGUGCGGAGAAGGGAAUGGCUGUGUGCGGAGAAGGGAAUGGCUGUGUGUGGAGAAGGGAAUGGCUGUGUGCGGAGAAGGGAAUGGCUGUGUGCGGAGAAGGGAAUGGCUGUGUGUGGAGAAGGGAAUGGCUGUGUGCGGAGAAGGGAAUGGCUGUGUGUGGAGAAGGGAAUGGCUGUGUGCGGAGAAGGGAAUGGCUGUGUGUGGAGAAGGGAAUGGCUGUGUGCGGAGAAGGGAAUGGCUGUGUGCGGAGAAGGGAAUGGCUGUGUGUGGAGAAGGGAAUGGCUGUGUGCGGAGAAGGGAAUGGCUGUGUGUGGAGAAGGGAAUGGCUGUGUGCGGAGAAGGGAAUGGCUGUGUGUGGAGAAGGGAAUGGCUGUGUGCGGAGAAGGGAAUGGCUGUGUGUGGAGAAGGGAAUGGCUGUGUGUGGAGAAGGGAAUGGCUGUGUGUGGAGAAGGGAAUGGCUGUGUGCGGAGAAGGGAAUGGCUGUGUGUGGAGAAGGGAAUGGCUGUGUGCGGAGAAGGGAAUGGCUGUGUGUGGAGAAGGGAAUGGCUGUGUGUGGAGAAGGGAAUGGCUGUGUGUGGAGAAGGGAAUGGCUGUGUGUGGAGAAGGGAAUGGCUGUGUGUGGAGAAGGGAAUGGCUGUGUGCGGAGAAGGGAAUGGCUGUGUGCGGAGAAGGGAAUGGCUGUGUGUGGAGAAGGGAAUGGCUGUGUGCGGAGAAGGGAAUGGCUGUGUGUGGAGAAGGGAAUGGCUGUGUGUGGAGAAGGGAAUGGCUGUGUGUGGAGAAGGGAAUGGCUGUGUGUGGAGAAGGGAAUGGCUGUGUGUGGAGAAGGGAAUGGCUGUGUGUGGAGAAGGGAAUGGCUGUGUGUGGAGAAGGGAAUGGCUGUGUGCGGAGAAGGGAAUGGCUGUGUGUGGAGAAGGGAAUGGCUGUGUGUGGAGAAGGGAAUGGCUGUGUGUGGAGAAGGGAAUGGCUGUGUGCGGAGAAGGGAAUGGCUGUGUGCGGAGAAGGGAAUGGCUGUGUGUGGAGAAGGGAAUGGCUGUGUGCGGAGAAGGGAAUGGCUGUGUGUGGAGAAGGGAAUGGCUGUGUGUGGAGAAGGGAAUGGCUGUGUGUGGAGAAGGGAAUGGCUGUGUGUGGAGAAGGGAAUGGCUGUGUGUGGAGAAGGGAAUGGCUGUGUGCGGAGAAGGGAAUGGCUGUGUGCGGAGAAGGGAAUGGCUGUGUGUGGAGAAGGGAAUGGCUGUGUGCGGAGAAGGGAAUGGCUGUGUGUGGAGAAGGGAAUGGCUGUGUGUGGAGAAGGGAAUGGCUGUGUGUGGAGAAGGGAAUGGCUGUGUGUGGAGAAGGGAAUGGCUGUGUGUGGAGAAGGGAAUGGCUGUGUGUGGAGAAGGGAAUGGCUGUGUGCGGAGAAGGGAAUGGCUGUGUGUGGAGAAGGGAAUGGCUGUGUGUGGAGAAGGGAAUGGCUGUGUGCGGAGAAGGGAAUGGCUGUGUGUGGAGAAGGGAAUGGCUGUGUGUGGAGAAGGGAAUGGCUGUGUGUGGAGAAGGGAAUGGCUGUGUGCGGAGAAGGGAAUGGCUGUGUGUGGAGAAGGGAAUGGCUGUGUGCGGAGAAGGGAAUGGCUGUGUGCGGAGAAGGGAAUGGCUGUGUGUGGAGAAGGGAAUGGCUGUGUGCGGAGAAGGGAAUGGCUGUGUGUGGAGAAGGGAAUGGCUGUGUGUGGAGAAGGGAAUGGCUGUGUGUGGAGAAGGGAAUGGCUGUGUGUGGAGAAGGGAAUGGCUGUGUGUGGAGAAGGGAAUGGCUGUGUGUGGAGAAGGGAAUGGCUGUGUGUGGAGAAGGGAAUGGCUGUGUGCGGAGAAGGGAAUGGCUGUGUGUGGAGAAGGGAAUGGCUGUGUGUGGAGAAGGGAAUGGCUGUGUGUGGAGAAGGGAAUGGCUGUGUGCGGAGAAGGGAAUGGCUGUGUGCGGAGAAGGGAAUGGCUGUGUGUGGAGAAGGGAAUGGCUGUGUGCGGAGAAGGGAAUGGCUGUGUGUGGAGAAGGGAAUGGCUGUGUGUGGAGAAGGGAAUGGCUGUGUGUGGAGAAGGGAAUGGCUGUGUGUGGAGAAGGGAAUGGCUGUGUGUGGAGAAGGGAAUGGCUGUGUGCGGAGAAGGGAAUGGCUGUGUGCGGAGAAGGGAAUGGCUGUGUGUGGAGAAGGGAAUGGCUGUGUGCGGAGAAGGGAAUGGCUGUGUGCGGAGAAGGGAAUGGCUGUGUGUGGAGAAGGGAAUGGCUGUGUGCGGAGAAGGGAAUGGCUGUGUGUGGAGAAGGGAAUGGCUGUGUGCGGAGAAGGGAAUGGCUGUGUGUGGAGAAGGGAAUGGCUGUGUGCGGAGAAGGGAAUGGCUGUGUGCGGAGAAGGGAAUGGCUGUGUGUGGAGAAGGGAAUGGCUGUGUGUGGAGAAGGGAAUGGCUGUGUGCGGAGAAGGGAAUGGCUGUGUGUGGAGAAGGGAAUGGCUGUGUGCGGAGAAGGGAAUGGCUGUGUGUGGAGAAGGGAAUGGCUGUGUGCGGAGAAGGGAAUGGCUGUGUGCGGAGAAGGGAAUGGCUGUGUGUGGAGAAGGGAAUGGCUGUGUGCGGAGAAGGGAAUGGCUGUGUGUGGAGAAGGGAAUGGCUGUGUGUGGAGAAGGGAAUGGCUGUGUGUGGAGAAGGGAAUGGCUGUGUGUGGAGAAGGGAAUGGCUGUGUGUGGAGAAGGGAAUGGCUGUGUGCGGAGAAGGGAAUGGCUGUGUGCGGAGAAGGGAAUGGCUGUGUGUGGAGAAGGGAAUGGCUGUGUGCGGAGAAGGGAAUGGCUGUGUGUGGAGAAGGGAAUGGCUGUGUGUGGAGAAGGGAAUGGCUGUGUGUGGAGAAGGGAAUGGCUGUGUGUGGAGAAGGGAAUGGCUGUGUGUGGAGAAGGGAAUGGCUGUGUGCGGAGAAGGGAAUGGCUGUGUGUGGAGAAGGGAAUGGCUGUGUGUGGAGAAGGGAAUGGCUGUGUGCGGAGAAGGGAAUGGCUGUGUGUGGAGAAGGGAAUGGCUGUGUGUGGAGAAGGGAAUGGCUGUGUGUGGAGAAGGGAAUGGCUGUGUGCGGAGAAGGGAAUGGCUGUGUGCGGAGAAGGGAAUGGCUGUGUGUGGAGAAGGGAAUGGCUGUGUGCGGAGAAGGGAAUGGCUGUGUGUGGAGAAGGGAAUGGCUGUGUGUGGAGAAGGGAAUGGCUGUGUGUGGAGAAGGGAAUGGCUGUGUGUGGAGAAGGGAAUGGCUGUGUGUGGAGAAGGGAAUGGCUGUGUGCGGAGAAGGGAAUGGCUGUGUGUGGAGAAGGGAAUGGCUGUGUGUGGAGAAGGGAAUGGCUGUGUGUGGAGAAGGGAAUGGCUGUGUGCGGAGAAGGGAAUGGCUGUGUGCGGAGAAGGGAAUGGCUGUGUGUGGAGAAGGGAAUGGCUGUGUGCGGAGAAGGGAAUGGCUGUGUGUGGAGAAGGGAAUGGCUGUGUGUGGAGAAGGGAAUGGCUGUGUGUGGAGAAGGGAAUGGCUGUGUGUGGAGAAGGGAAUGGCUGUGUGUGGAGAAGGGAAUGGCUGUGUGCGGAGAAGGGAAUGGCUGUGUGCGGAGAAGGGAAUGGCUGUGUGUGGAGAAGGGAAUGGCUGUGUGCGGAGAAGGGAAUGGCUGUGUGUGGAGAAGGGAAUGGCUGUGUGUGGAGAAGGGAAUGGCUGUGUGUGGAGAAGGGAAUGGCUGUGUGUGGAGAAGGGAAUGGCUGUGUGUGGAGAAGGGAAUGGCUGUGUGCGGAGAAGGGAAUGGCUGUGUGUGGAGAAGGGAAUGGCUGUGUGUGGAGAAGGGAAUGGCUGUGUGCGGAGAAGGGAAUGGCUGUGUGUGGAGAAGGGAAUGGCUGUGUGUGGAGAAGGGAAUGGCUGUGUGUGGAGAAGGGAAUGGCUGUGUGCGGAGAAGGGAAUGGCUGUGUGUGGAGAAGGGAAUGGCUGUGUGUGGGGAAGGGAAUGGCUGUGUGUGGAGAAGGGAAUGGCUGUGUGUGGAGAAGGGAAUGGCUGUGUGUGGGGAAGGGAAUGGCUGUGUGUGGAGAAGGGAAUGGCUGUGUGUGGGGAAGGGAAUGGCUGUGUGUGGAGAAGGGAAUGGCUGUGUGUGGGGAAGGGAAUGGCUGUGUGUGGAGAAGGGAAUGGCUGUGUGUGGAGAAGGGAAUGGCUGUGUGUGGAGAAGGGAAUGGCUGUGUGUGGAGAAGGGAAUGGCUGUGUGUGGGGAAGGGAAUGGCUGUGUGUGGAGAAGGGAAUGGCUGUGUGUGGGGAAGGGAAUGGCUGUGUGUGGAGAAGGGAAUGGCUGUGUGUGGGGAAGGGAAUGGCUGUGUGUGGAGAAGGGAAUGGCUGUGUGUGGAGAAGGGAAUGGCUGUGUGUGGAGAAGGGAAUGGCUGUGUGCGGAGAAGGGAAUGGCUGUGUGUGGAGAAGGGAAUGGCUGUGUGUGGAGAAGGGAAUGGCUGUGUGUGGAGAAGGGAAUGGCUGUGUGCGGAGAAGGGAAUGGCUGUGUGUGGAGAAGGGAAUGGCUGUGUGUGGGGAAGGGAAUGGCUGUGUGUGGAGAAGGGAAUGGCUGUGUGUGGAGAAGGGAAUGGCUGUGUGUGGGGAAGGGAAUGGCUGUGUGUGGAGAAGGGAAUGGCUGUGUGUGGGGAAGGGAAUGGCUGUGUGUGGAGAAGGGAAUGGCUGUGUGUGGGGAAGGGAAUGGCUGUGUGUGGAGAAGGGAAUGGCUGUGUGUGGAGAAGGGAAUGGCUGUGUGUGGAGAAGGGAAUGGCUGUGUGUGGAGAAGGGAAUGGCUGUGUGUGGGGAAGGGAAUGGCUGUGUGUGGAGAAGGGAAUGGCUGUGUGUGGGGAAGGGAAUGGCUGUGUGUGGAGAAGGGAAUGGCUGUGUGUGGGGAAGGGAAUGGCUGUGUGUGGAGAAGGGAAUGGCUGUGUGUGGAGAAGGGAAUGGCUGUGUGUGGAGAAGGGAAUGGCUGUGUGUGGGGAAGGGAAUGGCUGUGUGUGGAGAAGGGAAUGGCUGUGUGUGGGGAAGGGAAUGGCUGUGUGUGGAGAAGGGAAUGGCUGUGUGUGGGGAAGGGAAUGGCUGUGUGUGGAGAAGGGAAUGGCUGUGUGUGGGGAAGGGAAUGGCUGUGUGUUGGAGAAGGGAAUGGCUGUGUGUGGAGAAGGGAAUGGCUGUGUGUGGAGAAGGGAAUGGCUGUGUGUGGAGAAGGGAAUGGCUGUGUGUGGAGAAGGGAAUGGCUGUGUGCGGAGAAGGGAAUGGCUGUGUGUGGAGAAGGGAAUGGCUGUGUGUGGAGAAGGGAAUGGCUGUGUGUGGAGAAGGGAAUGGCUGUGUGCGGAGAAGGGAAUGGCUGUGUGUGGAGAAGGGAAUGGCUGUGUGUGGGGAAGGGAAUGGCUGUGUGUGGAGAAGGGAAUGGCUGUGUGUGGAGAAGGGAAUGGCUGUGUGUGGGGAAGGGAAUGGCUGUGUGUGGAGAAGGGAAUGGCUGUGUGUGGGGAAGGGAAUGGCUGUGUGUGGAGAAGGGAAUGGCUGUGUGUGGGGAAGGGAAUGGCUGUGUGUGGAGAAGGGAAUGGCUGUGUGUGGAGAAGGGAAUGGCUGUGUGUGGAGAAGGGAAUGGCUGUGUGUGGGGAAGGGAAUGGCUGUGUGUGGAGAAGGGAAUGGCUGUGUGUGGGGAAGGGAAUGGCUGUGUGUGGAGAAGGGAAUGGCUGUGUGUGGGGAAGGGAAUGGCUGUGUGUGGAGAAGGGAAUGGCUGUGUGUGGGGAAGGGAAUGGCUGUGUGUGGAGAAGGGAAUGGCUGUGUGUGGAGAAGGGAAUGGCUGUGUGUGGAGAAGGGAAUGGCUGUGUGUGGGGAAGGGAAUGGCUGUGUGUGGAGAAGGGAAUGGCUGUGUGUGGAGAAGGGAAUGGCUGUGUGUGGAGAAGGGAAUGGCUGUGUGUGGGGAAGGGAAUGGCUGUGUGUGGAGAAGGGAAUGGCUGUGUGUGGAGAAGGGAAUGGCUGUGUGUGGAGAAGGGAAUGGCUGUGUGUGGAGAAGGGAAUGGCUGUGUGCGGAGAAGGGAAUGGCUGUGUGUGGAGAAGGGAAUGGCUGUGUGUGGAGAAGGGAAUGGCUGUGUGUGGAGAAGGGAAUGGCUGUGUGCGGAGAAGGGAAUGGCUGUGUGUGGAGAAGGGAAUGGCUGUGUGUGGGGAAGGGAAUGGCUGUGUGUGGAGAAGGGAAUGGCUGUGUGUGGAGAAGGGAAUGGCUGUGUGUGGAGAAGGGAAUGGCUGUGUGUGGAGAAGGGAAUGGCUGUGUGCGGAGAAGGGAAUGGCUGUGUGUGGAGAAGGGAAUGGCUGUGUGUGGGGAAGGGAAUGGCUGUGUGUGGGGAAGGGAAUGGCUGUGUGUGGAGAAGGGAAUGGCUGUGUGUGGGGAAGGGAAUGGCUGUGUGUGGAGAAGGGAAUGGCUGUGUGUGGGGAAGGGAAUGGCUGUGUGUGGAGAAGGGAAUGGCUGUGUGUGGGGAAGGGAAUGGCUGUGUGUGGAGAAGGGAAUGGCUGUGUGUGGGGAAGGGAAUGGCUGUGUGUGGAGAAGGGAAUGGCUGUGUGUGGGGAAGGGAAUGGCUGUGUGUGGAGAAGGGAAUGGCUGUGUGUGGGGAAGGGAAUGGCUGUGUGUGGAGAAGGGAAUGGCUGUGUGUGGGGAAGGGAAUGGCUGUGUGUGGAGAAGGGAAUGGCUGUGUGUGGGGAAGGGAAUGGCUGUGUGUGGAGAAGGGAAUGGCUGUGUGUGGGGAAGGGAAUGGCUGUGUGUGGAGAAGGGAAUGGCUGUGUGUGGGGAAGGGAAUGGCUGUGUGUGGAGAAGGGAAUGGCUGUGUGUGGGGAAGGGAAUGGCUGUGUGUGGGGAAGGGAAUGGCUGUGUGUGGAGAAGGGAAUGGCUGUGUGUGGGGAAGGGAAUGGCUGUGUGUGGGGAAGGGAAUGGCUGUGUGUGGAGAAGGGAAUGGCUGUGUGUGGGGAAGGGAAUGGCUGUGUGUGGAGAAGGGAAUGGCUGUGUGUGGGGAAGGGAAUGGCUGUGUGUGGAGAAGGGAAUGGCUGUGUGUGGGGAAGGGAAUGGCUGUGUGUGGAGAAGGGAAUGGCUGUGUGUGGGGAAGGGAAUGGCUGUGUGUGGAGAAGGGAAUGGCUGUGUGUGGGGAAGGGAAUGGCUGUGUGUGGAGAAGGGAAUGGCUGUGUGUGGGGAAGGGAAUGGCUGUGUGUGGAGAAGGGAAUGGCUGUGUGUGGGGAAGGGAAUGGCUGUGUGUGGAGAAGGGAAUGGCUGUGUGUGGGGAAGGGAAUGGCUGUGUGUGGAGAAGGGAAUGGCUGUGUGUGGGGAAGGGAAUGGCUGUGUGUGGAGAAGGGAAUGGCUGUGUGUGGGGAAGGGAAUGGCUGUGUGUGGGGAAGGGAAUGGCUGUGUGUGGAGAAGGGAAUGGCUGUGUGUGGGGAAGGGAAUGGCUGUGUGUGGGGAAGGGAAUGGCUGUGUGUGGAGAAGGGAAUGGCUGUGUGUGGGGAAGGGAAUGGCUGUGUGUGGAGAAGGGAAUGGCUGUGUGUGGGGAAGGGAAUGGCUGUGUGUGGAGAAGGGAAUGGCUGUGUGUGGGGAAGGGAAUGGCUGUGUGUGGAGAAGGGAAUGGCUGUGUGUGGGGAAGGGAAUGGCUGUGUGUGGAGAAGGGAAUGGCUGUGUGUGGGGAAGGGAAUGGCUGUGUGUGGAGAAGGGAAUGGCUGUGUGUGGGGAAGGGAAUGGCUGUGUGUGGAGAAGGGAAUGGCUGUGUGUGGGGAAGGGAAUGGCUGUGUGUGGAGAAGGGAAUGGCUGUGUGUGGAGAAGGGAAUGGCU